AUGGCGGCCGCCCGGCCAGGGCCCGCGGCAGCAGAGGUCCGGCUGCGAGCUGUGUUUCAUCCCGGUAACCGCCCGUGUCUUGUCCCCUCAGCUUCCCCGGGGCCUGCUUCCCGAAGGUUCCGCUCGCAGAGCACUUCUGUUCCACCAAGAUGUGUCCCUAAAACGUCGCUGAGCUCACCGCCUUGGCCGGAAAUCGCUCUGCCGGACCCGGUGGAGGAGACCAGACGCCACGCAGAGGUCGUGGGGAAGGUGAACCGCCUCAUCGCCACCGGCCAGUACGGCAGGCUCUUCGCCGUCGUGCACUUCGCCAGCCACCAGUGGAAGGUGACCUCCGAGGACCUGAUUUUAAUUGACAACGACCUAGACGUUGCGUGUGGGGAGAGGAUACGGUUGGAGAAGGUGCUGCUGGUCGGAGCUGACAACUUCACGAUACUGGGCAAGCCGCUCCUGGGAAAGGAUCUUGUUCGGGUAGAAGCCACAGUCAUUGAAAAGACAGAGUCGUGGCCAAAAAUCAAUCUGAAAUUUCAGAAAAGGAAAAACUACAGGAGGAAAAAAGUCAUCGUGACCCCGCAGACGGUCCUCCGGGUGAACACCAUUGACCUCGCUCCGUGUUUGUGUUGACCCUGAGUGAAGCUGUUUUCAGAGCAUAAAAAUAAACUGUUUUCUGGAGACCGA